AUGGAAGAGAGAGAGAUGGAGAGGUUGAAGAAACAGAGAGAAAAUGAUGAGAAAAUAGAUGAUGAGGAAAUAGAAAGAAAGGGAAAGGCACUGAGUCGAACAGAAAGGCCAUAUCAAUGGGCCAUGUACGACAACUGGGAAUGCCUGAAACAAUACUAUAAGGGAAAAUGGGAAGAGGUACUCAGUCCAUUGACAACGAACGAUGACACUGUACUUCACGUCGUAGCCUUUGCCGGGCGGAGUGACGUGCUUGAAUUCUUGAUUUCACUUGUGACGACUGCGACCAACGACAACCCUCGGAAUUUACGGAAUGCCUUGGUGCUGGAGAAUAGCCACGGGAGCACCAUCCUCCACGAGGUGGCAGCGUCGGGAAACCUGAAAGCCGCAAUGCUGUUGGUAAGCCACGAUGACCACAAUAGGAGAGAGCUAAUUGCUAGACGGGAUGCUGACCAAGACAAUGAGUAUGAGCCGGAUGUUGAUGCUAGCUCUACACGUAUUGUAGAGAUUAAGAACAAGUUAGGAGAAACGCCGUUCUACAGGGCAGCUUCUUACGGUCACACAAAGUUGUUCGACUAUUUCAACAUACAAGAUGUAAAUAUAGAGCGCCACUUAACCAGAUGCGUUGAUCGCAUGUCUGUUCUUCAUAUCGCUGUCAUUAACCAACAUUUUGACACUGCUCUUUGGCUACUGAAAAAGUACCCAUUUCUUGCAAAAACAAAGGAAGACGAUGGUUUCACAAGCCUUCAAUUGCUAGCCAAGAUGCCAUCUGCCUUCCAAGUCUACAAUCGCGAAAGCUUAUGGAAGAUGCUUAUUCAUAAAUGCCUCUCAGAAGAUGAUAGUGUUGAUGCGGCCGCACCAAAUCAAAACGGUGAUAUAGAGAGCAGAUGGAUUCCACAGCUUCCCACAGCUUGCUUGUCGAAGAAGCUCACAAGAUGGCCUCGAGUCUUUUCGAUCUUGAAGCAAAUAAAAAAAGAAAAAACACUAUCGGAGCUUACCCAGCUGCUCGUGGAGAAAGACUAUUCGUGGGUAGAAAGUAAGAAACCAAAGAAAGACAAGACAAUUUCCUUGGUGUCCUCACAGAAAGAUAUUGCUGCUAUUUGUGGUGAUGGAAGAGAAACAAAAAAAUCUACUAUUUAUAACUACACCCCACUGCUUAUAGCAACUAGCACCGGAAUAUUACCUCUUGUGAAAAGGAUAUAUGAGGUACAUCCUCAGGCGAUUGAGGCGCACGAAAUCGGCAGUCAACAAAACAUUUUGCAUAUGUCGAUUAAGCAUCGUCAGUUGCAGAUAUUUAGGCUUGUGAAGAGAAGCAGAGCGAUAACGUGGAGGUUAACUUCGAGGAUUGACAGUGAUGGAAAUACCAUAUUGCAUCGAGCUGCAGAUAUGACAUAUUACUCUCCAGACACUCAAAGUGUAAGUGGUCCUGCAUUGCAAUUGCAAGAAGAAUUACGUUGGAUGGUGCGAGCGGGAAAGAUAACGCCACCUCAUUAUAUCAUGCACCGCAACAACAAGGGUGUGACAGCGGAGGAGCUCUUCAAUAUUGAGCAUGAAAAGCUUCUUCAUUCGGCACAAACAUGGAUAAAAGACACUGCUCAGUCAUGCUCGACCGUGGCAGCUCUAGUGGCCACUGUGGUCUUUGCAGCCGCCUACACUGCUCCCGGGGGUUACAAUUCAGGCGGUGUUCCUGUUCUCCAACAUUCUCCUUUGUUCACUACCUUUAUCAUCACAGGCGUUGUCUCGCUCAUCAGCUCAUUGUCUUCUCUCGUCACAUUUCUCUCGAUCUUGACAUCUCCGUUUGAGUACAAAAACUUCCAUCAUUCUCUUCCGCUCAGGCUGCAUUUAGGAUUUGCCUUUCUUUUCUUCUCGCUAGUGACGGCCAUGCUCGCGUUCACUGCUACAGUUGUGCUCUUGAUUCAUCUCAACGAGAAAUUGACAUGGUCUCUUUUAUGUUGCUGCGUUUCUUCCUGUGUCUGUAUUUGGUAUGCAGCUUCCUUUGUAUGCGGGAUUUUCUCAUGCUUUGAUAUUUAUAUUUAAGAAAGUUAAGAAGUUUACAAUUUCGUUUUUCCCUGUAAAGGAAAUCCUCAAUCAGUAAGGGUAUUAUUGAAUGUUGAUUUGUGUGUUGUAAGUCCAAACCAAAAUAAAUACCAAUAAUUACAAAUUGGUGAGAUA